AUGAUGGCUCACAAGUUUCGAUACGUAAAGGUCACGCUAGAAAAGGACACUCCAGACAUUGGAAAGCAAGGAGAGAUCGUAGCUGUCAAUAGAAGCUUUGCGUUCAACUACCUGGUCCCCUUUGGAUUUGCUAGGUACACAACCAGAGCGGAACUUGUAGGUCAAGCUCUUGAGAAAGACUACAAGGAAGCCCUUACAAACGUCAGAAGAUCUGCUGCACUGCAACUAAAAAACAAAAUUGGCAAUAAUUGUGUGCUUAACUUUGAAGUUCUAGCCAAAGAGAAAGGAUCACAGGCACUCAACAUACCUCUCCGUCCCAUUAAUAUUAUAGAAAAGCUGAAGGAACGGCGAGUAUUCACGCCACUUGACAUGCUAAGAGAACAGGAUGUUGAAAUAAAUACAAACUCUGGAUUCAUAACAAAAUUCGGAACCUAUUCCGCCUCUUUGACUCUUGAUGAAGAAAUUAAGGCGUCCGUGAAAAUUGUAGUCUCAGAGGCUCCACUCGAUUGUUCUUUUAUCCCCUACUAA